AUGAUUCACGACAGUUUUCAUGCAAAGAGAAACAUCCCAGUCAACGAGAUCAAAUCAAAGAAUCGAAACGGUUCGAAGGAAAUCGAUGUCAUUUCUCAUAACCAUAGUUACUUGAAAUUAAACCAUCUGUCAUCAUCCCUAUCGUUGGUUGUGGCUGCUGCCAAUGAUGUCGAACCAGCGAGUCUUUCCGAUCAGAAUGAUAGCACUAUAUCAAAAAUAGAUAGCUGUACAAUGUUGCAGACUGCGUCCCCCCCACAGACUGCUACUUCCCAGCACAGAGUUUCGAACAGCGGCACUGCCAGGAAAAAAUAUAUACACGGGGAUACCUCAAAUUACACGUGCUCAGUUCCUUCACCUACGUUAUCAAAACAUCUUCACACUGAUUAUCUGAGGCAAAACAUGGUGUUUAAAGGCCAUCAGAUAUCAGGCUAUAAAAGUUACGAAGUGGUCAUAGAGCUAAGCAAUGUCUUGCUCCCUACUCGCGACUCGCUGGGUGGUGCUACUGAGCCGCAUAUCACCGGCUCUCUUACAAUAAAAAAUUUAACUGCUGUGAACCCAGAAAUUACCACAUACUUCGACUCAUAUGUAGUCACUUCGAAUAGCGAGUGCGACGCGAGUUUCGGGUUCUUGUCUUCAGAUUGGGUCAAGAAUAGCAAGAUAGAUUUGCUAUCGGAUGAAUCGUUGGCUAGUUUUCUAUCAGAUGAUGCAAAUGAUUAUGAGCAUUGGUCAAAUUUUCACAAUUACAGACAUGUGAUAAGAGCUUCUUACAACGAAUACGAGAGUAAUAGUAGAUUUCAUAAACAUGAUGGAGAUUCAAGCACCGGCAAGAAAGGCAUCUCCUCUUGUUCAGUUCGGGAUUCUAUGAACGUCGACGACUAUCUAAACGGGAGGAUACCCUUAAACAUAGACAACUAUAGAAACCAAAGGUUUAUAUUUAUGAGAUGGAAGGAAAGGUUCUUACUUCCAUCCUCAGUUCAGCCAGAUGACACGGAGGACUCUUUCAAUUAUGCAUCUAAUAUAAGAGGCGCAAAUUUCGACGGCUACUAUUAUGUAGUGCACGACCAGUUGAACGGUAGUAUCAAGGGUUUCUACUACCAUCCAAAGGCAACAAAAUUCCAGCAACUAGAGUUAUAUCCAGUUGAUCAGAAAAACAUUCAUAAGUUGACGUCAAAUUAUUCCUUUAAUUAA